ACUCUUUAAAAAAGGAAGGGCGUUUAUAAAGGUCUCACGCGAAACUGUCGUCGAGGUGUAUCUCCCGUGUUUGAUCCAACGAGACCGUAGUUAUUGACCUAGCCUACUGUUCAUGUGGCAGAGGAGUCGACACUGCAUUCCAUGUAUUAUUACGAUUAAUGCUUUACAUAAAAUCUGAAAUAGUGUUUGAUUUGGUUGACUAGCUCAAGAUGGAUCUAAGUGAAGCCAUGGCAAAGCUGUCAAUUGAGGAAACAGAAGACAACCAAUUUGAUGCCAUUGGUGCUCUACUAAAGGUUCUAGAAGAGGAUAUUGAAUUGUACAGUGUGAGGCUGGAUGAGCUUGGUGUUUUAGCAAAAGUUCAUGGCCUUUUGCAGAAACAGCACGAUAGGCGGAUAGAAGCCAAGCUUGCAAAUUUAGUUGCUGAGCUGGCUAAAAAUGAGAACCUCCGAGGACCCUGUGUGAAGCAAGGUUUUGUGCCACCUCUCAACAACUACCUCAAAGGAAAUGAUGUAGAAGUCCUUCACCAAACGUGCCGAGCUCUGGGAAAUCUUUGUUGUGAUUAUGACCCAGCAAGAGAAGCAAUUAAUGAAGCUGGGGGUGUUCAAAGUUUGGUUCACAUUCUGAAAACAAAAUGUUUGUCAGGUGAUCAUGAUCCAGCCAACGAGAGGUUCCGAGUAGUAGCGUGUGCUUAUCUUACAAAUCUCACCUUUGGAAAUGAAAUACUACAGAGCAAAGCAAUCAGUGAGGGUUUAGUUGAUACUUUAGUGCAAUUACUUAAGGAGUAUUCCAUGGACAUCGCCCUCUGUGGCAAGAUAGUGAUAUGCGUUGGUAAUUUAGCGGAUGUAGAGGCCAACAAGGUGGCUUUUGUCGGUACUGGUAUGGGGGAGUUGCUUGUAAAUGCAUUGCAAAUGGUAGUAGAAGAAGAUGAGCAAGAAGCCCUACUUGAAGUUGUAGCAUCCCUUGCAGAAAAUGAUGAAAUGAAACAGGAAUUUACCCAAGCCAAUCUGGUACCAAUUCUACUGGAGAUUCUUCAAGGUUAUAAAGAUCUUCACGGGGCGAAGAUUUGCGUCACCGAUGACGACGUGCAAGUGGAAAAGUUGGCAACAGACAUUAUUGUAUUGCUGGUUACGGAGGAUGUUAGCAUGACGAUUUUAUUUGACGACGGCAAAGGUUUACUAUAUCAGCAUGUGAUGUCCUCUUGGUUACCCUCUAGUAUUGAAGUAUAUCAAAUAUCCGGUGCACUUGUUCUUGGGAACUUUGCCCGCAAUGAUGGCAAUUGUUUAAAGCUUCUAGAUCUUGGUGUUCUUGAUCCGCUGUUUAAAAUGCUUGAAAAGGUCGAAGGUCAUGAAAUGGAUGUACGUUUACAGCAUGCAGUCUUAAGUGCCCUUAGAAACUUGUCUGUUCCGAAAUUGAAUAAGGCUAGAAUGCUAGAUGCUGGAACAUUGGAGGCUAUCCUUCCAUUGUUAGUAACAGAGAGAAAUCCAGUACAAUUUAAACUGCUGGGCACAGCAAGGCUACUAAUUGAUGGAGCUGUUGCAGCUGCAGUAAAGAUGGGAACAAAUGCUGACCUUGUAGAGAGGGUUGCUGAACUCUGUAGUUGUGAAGUGCAUGCUGGGGUAGCUGGGGAAGCAAACAGGUUGUUGGCUGCACUGAUUAAAAACUCAGCAUCUAAGGAAGUCAUGCAGAUUGUUAUUGAUCAAGGCGGUAUAGAGCACCUGGUGAAGAUGGCGAUGUCUGAGCACACUCUGAUGCAAAAUGAGGCUCUUAUUGCCCUCACGUUGGUCGCUUCAUCUAAUCUAGGUAUGGCUGUUCUUGCAAUUCUUUCAUCCGAUCUGAUUGGUGUAUGCAAAGCAAUCUUGACCAAUGAAGGCUCAGCAGCGGAAAUCAAAUGCAAUGUUCUAUCUCUCAUAAGUUUCCUUACAGAGUCUGACAGUUUACAAGCAGAAAUUAAAGCGAAGGAAUUAGUAGAUGUUGUGAAUGGCUUAUGCGACAAUAGUAAUGAAGUGAUUAAGGGUAAAGCAAUGAGUGUAAGUCAGCACUUCCGCUGAAGCGAUCAUCAUGCCACCGUUUAACGAUUCAUGUCAAGUUUUCGCGAAACCACACUCUGAAGAUCCUGAAGGUUUUUGCAUGUUGCACUGAAGAAUAAGGAAUUGUGAAGCAAGAUGUAGAAAGAGAAAA